GAGCUGUGCGUUUAGAUUACGCUUCAGCGAUCGGCAGACUCUCCACCUAUUUGCGCUUGUCUUGUAGGGGUUGGUGAGUGGCAUCGACAGCAGUUGCCUUUUCAACGUGUCUUGCAGGAGAACUCGCAGCUGAAUCGCAUCACACCCUCUCCUUUUCACCAAACAGUGUCUGUUGGAUAAACACUCCCGCACAAGGACAAUAGCACUGUUUAUGGUUUUGACAGAAGAUUUUAAGAUGUCUCGCACAGACGAGGUCCACCGUAUAACGGAGAAUGUAUACAAGACCAUCAUGGAGCAGUUCAACCCCUGCUUGCGAAACUUCGUUGCCAUGGGGAAGAACUAUGAGAAGGCCCUCUCCAGUGUGACAUUUGCAGCAAAGGGCUACUUUGAUGCCCUAGUGCGGAUGGGGGAGCUGGCCAGUGAGAGCCAAGGAUCCAAAGACUUAGGAGAGGCAGCGUGGGAUGUGCUCUUCCAGAUGGCGGAGGUCCACAGACAGAUCCAGGUGCAGCUGGAGGAGAUGUUAAAGUCCUUCCAUAAUGAGUUACUCUCAGAGCUGGAGAAGAAGACGGACCUGGAUGCCAGAUACCUGACCGCGGCGCUGAAGAAAUACCAGAUGGAGCACAAGAGCAAAGGCGAGAGUCUGGAGAAGUGUCAGGCUGAGCUGAAGAAGCUCCGCAGGAAGAGCCAGGGCAGCAAGAACCCCUCCAAGUACGGCGAGAAGGAACUCCAGUAUGUGGAGACCAUCAGCAGCAAGCAGAGUGACCUGGACACCUUCAUCGCCGACGGCUAUAAGACAGCGCUGUCGGAGGAGAGGAGGAGGUACUGCUUCCUGGUGGACAGACAGUGUGCCGUGGCCAAGAACAGCAGUGCCUACCAUGGCAAGGGCAAAGACCUGCUUACCCAGAAGAUCCCAGUAUGGCAGCAGUCCUGCGCCGACCCCAACAAGCUCCCCGACAGAGCCAUGCUCCUGUGCCAGCAGAUGGGCUCCGUCUCAGGCACCCUGGUCCACAGCCCCUUGCACUCCUCCAAGGGCAACCUGGUCAUCUCCGACCCCAUCCCUGGAGCCCAGCCUCUGCCCAUGGCUCCGGAGCUGGCCGCCCUGAUGGGGAGCGGCCUAGGAGCAGGGAGGUUGAUGGGUCCGGAUGGCAUGUCCAUGGUGAACGGCACAACAGGGGUGCCUGGAGAGGAGUUCUGGGGGGAGGGUGGGAUGUCCCAGGUUCGUCCCCCGUCUCCCCAGCCUCCGGCCCAGGCCCAGCAGCCACCACAGAGGCAGGUCAGCGACGUCUACUCCAACACCCUGCCCGUCCGCCGGCCUGCCCCUGCCAAGAACAAGACCUCAGUGGGCGAGACGCGGACUCUGCCCCGGUCGAGCUCCAUGGCGGCGGGCCUGGAGAAGAACGACCGCAGCCGCGUGCAGGCCAUCUUCUCACACGCCGCCGGCGACAACGGCACACUGCUCAGCUUCAACGAGGGUGACCUCAUCACCCUGCUGGUGCCGGAGGCCCGCGAUGGCUGGCACUACGGCGAAAAUGAGAAGAACAAGUUGCGAGGCUGGUUCCCGUUCUCAUACACACGUGUGCUUCCAGAGAGUGACAACGAGAAGCUGAAAGUCAAUCUCCACCACGGCAAGAGCAGCAGCACAGGGAACCUGCUGGAGAGAGACGACCUGAUGCCGGCGCCCGAUUACGGCCUCACCGCACGCCUGCUGGCCCAGAGCCUCACACAGAGCCGCCCGCGCCCGUACAGCAUGGCCGGCUUCACACAGCCCGCACUGGAGGACUAUGACAGCCGCUUUGCCACAAGUUUGGGUCCAGAAUUAUCCCGGUUCUGAGUGGGCAGGACCUCCUGACCGCUCGCUGGAGGGCUACUUCAGGCAAACCUUCAACGAUGACCGAGCAGCUCCACUCUUCUAUUAGUCAGGGCUGGCCCAUGCCCUGUCAUCGCAUCACUCUUUUCUCUCUCUCUUUCUUUCUCUCUUCUCUCUCUCACCCUUUCUCUCACCAUGUCUCUUGUUUUUUUUUUUUUUUUUUUUGCUCUUUGAUAUGUCCUUUUUUUAUUUUUUGACACCCUGUCACUCUUUAAGCCUUCAUCUUUGCUGUCUCUUUGACUGUCUUUCUGUCUGUCUUUUUCUUGAUGUCUGCUCUCUCUGUCUCUGUCUCUGGCCAACUUUGGGCUGUGAUGGUGAGAGUCUGCUGAUGUUGAGUACUCCAUGGAAAUGAAGAGUGGAGACUAACUUGUGGCCCAUACUGCUGUUGCUGGGGUCACAUGGUUAAUGCAGCACAUCAUAUAGUUAUAUAGCAUCAUAUUUAAAUCAACUCAAGGUUGGCCUUUAAGUGUACAGGUUUUGUGUAUAGAGUGAUGUUUUUGGAGAGCUGGGAGAUAGUAGAUUUCACAACCCUGAAUCUGAUGUGGAGUAUAUGAAUGGAUCUCAAAACUGAAAUAUUUUUUUGUCUCUAUAUACAGUACCAUAUUAAUUUAAUCAGGAGUCGUAAUGAUUCAAAUGUGUCAUUUUUACUGUAAGUAUACCUUUUUCUAUUCCGGCACUGACUGCACAGCACCAGAAAGCGAUGAUGAGAGAUGGACAUUGAGACAUGUCUUGAUAAUUCACUUCUCCUUAAAUCUGAAGUGUUUAGGCUUGGAUUACAUCUUCAGCUUUGCUUUCUCUCUCUCUCAGCCAAACAGACUGUGCAAGUCCUCAUGAUCCUGUAUGGUUACGGUGACCUGUUCCUGCUCAGCGCACAAGUCUACAAAUAGUAGAGCCUAGUACCUGUUCUUUUUUUUGUAAUAAAUACAGAAAUAAUUUUUAAAAAUAGCAAUCAUCCUACUGUGGCACUCUACAGUGCUAAGAACAGUAUUCACUGCAACACUUUUUUUUUUUCUAAAGAGAGCUGCUACAAAUACUGAUUUCCUCUGGUCUGUCCUAAAAGGUCAACUUGUUAAUCUGUGCUUGUAAAAUAAUAGUUCUUUUUUUCUGACAGUGUUUCAAGGCUUUGUUCUACUCCAAUCUCUAGUAAUGCCUGUGCGUUGACCUUUGACCUGGACUGACCCUGUGUUUUUAGUUGAGACGCCGUGAACUUACAGUAGAUCUGGAGCACCAACAUCAUUGGAACUGUGCCUUCCUCUACACUCUGUUUAGUGCUCUGGGCAGCUUUUUGAUUUAAAAAAAUAAAAAAAACCUUUAAUUUAGGACUAGCAUAAGGAAAGGGAAAAAUACUCUGCAAUGUUGUUUGAUUUUAGAGUUUCUUUGUCUUUUCUAUCUUUUUUUUUUAAAUUCAUUUUCAAUUUUUUUUUUAAUCUGUUCAUUUGAGAGGUUACCUGCAAAUGUUGUUUGUAGUUAUGCACAAAACUGUGCUUAUGGAACAAAAUUGUGCAACAUUCACUGCAAACCCUCCUCUUAGAAUAACUGAGGCACUCCAAUCUAUAUUGGGUGCUUUGGGAAAGUUUGACUACUAGAAAUGGAGAAAAGAUUUCUCAAAAUGUGUGAAUGUGAAAAAGGUUUAUAAUGCGUGUUUGUGCGAAUGCAGAGAGUUCAGUCCACACUGACAGGCCUAAUGGAUAUCUCAUUACAAAUGUCUAGUAAACUAUGUUUGUGAUUUUGGCCAAGCGGAAUCAAAUUGGUUUUAUAUUGUUUAUAUUGUGAUGCAGCUUCUCUUUUGUUCAUUUGUUUGUCUGUAAGUCCAAAACUGUGCAGAAUCUAUAUAUUUUAAAUUGAAUAAUAAUUAAAAAUAAAAAAAAAUUCCCACAGUUCUACACAUUGAAUCACUACACUGAAUCAUUUGUCUGGGAUCAAACUGUGGAUUCCAGUGUCUGGCAAAACAAAAAGGAAACGAAUAAAUAAAUAACUAGCAGAAGCACAAGGACAAA